AAUGACCAUGUCUUACCAUGUCUUACCUUGUCUUACCUCUCUGCCUCUCUUGCUUUGCGACUUACUUCCUCUCAACAAUCUGUCUCUCUCUUUUACCAGUCUGUCACUAUUCGCUUUUGCGAGAAUCUCUGUACAAAAUGCGUUACAAUUUGCUAACCAUCGUUCAUUUCUGCCUGUGCAAAGCUUUGCCAGAUUCCUCAUGUCUGUUUUGUUCAUGUGUUCUCUAUCAAGACCUCUGCCAACUGACUGUGUUUACCUUGUCUAUCUCUAUCUGUAUGUCCGUCUAUAUUUCUACGAUUAUAUUAAUUUCUAUAUUUAUGUUUAUACUUAUGUUUCCACUCAUGUUUCCCCUUGUUAG